AUGGCAACUUUACCUAAGGCAAAGAAUUAUAUCCUGUUUACUGAUACGUUCGCGAUUAAUGAUAUGGAUAAAGAAGGCAGAAAAUUCGAUCGUGUAUCACGGUUCACUGGGGAUAAAGUAAUGUUAAUGCUAACAACAUCAUUAUCAUUAGAUACAGCAAAUAUAGCACAGAGUGAAGAAGCUAUACUGCCACUCCCUAUUAUGACUCAAGGUGAUCAACCCGAACGACCUUCUUGGAGAGAAAAAAAUUCUAUGGAUAGAGAUUUAAGUGAUGAUUAUGAAUAUAUUAUGUACGGUAAAGUUUAUAAAUAUGAUGAAGAAAAAAGGAGCAAAGUAGCGGUUUAUAUAUCUUUUGGAGGAUUGCUAAUGGCAUUGGAAGGAGAUUUUCGUCAUGUGCAAAAUAUUCACGUUGGACAAAACGUUUAUAUGUUAAUGAAACGUCAGUUCUAA